AUGGUAAACCAGGAGGUCUACAAGGUCACCGAGUACCAACAAUGGAGGGGCCGGAAGCGCCUCAGUGAACUCGUCAGGGAAGUUGAGGCAAUCGCGAUUAGAACGUCUGCACCAAUGAUCCAGCCCCAAGGGGUCAUUGAACUCGACGACAGCGAGAUACACGAUGAGAUCAAGAUCGAAGACUUGGAGGAAGUUCUACGAAGCCACCUUCCAUCCAGGGAGCUGGCUGGUGUUCAAGCCGGAUUGGACAUGCGACACAACGCCAUCCAACCCAAUUGGAUAGACAUUAGGUACCGAUGCCUUAUUCAGAGCGCCUUCGUACAGCUUAUCGUAUACUUUAUUAAGGACCUUCCGGUCAGCUAA